CGUUGGCUAGCAUGCUACGUGUAGGAGGGGAACAUCAGUUUCGCUGUCAGUUAACGUUAGGCGGAAGCCGGGGUUGAUGCACAACACUUUCACUUCUUCCUGUGGUUAGUGCCGAAUCCGCCGAAAAACCUGGCCCUAAACUCCUGAUGUGAGUGAUGCCUCUUCCGGCCCCAAGCUGCCUUCUUCCCCGCCACAUAUGAUGUCUUCUGCACCCACAGUGGCACUCUUUUGGGUUGUAAGACCUCUCCUCCAGGCGCUGUUCGAGAAUGCUGUAGAUCAUCAUCACUUUUCCAGGUUCCAAGCGAGCCUGUGCUGGCCGAGUUUCGACCCGUGUAUUUCGGAGUUCAGACUGGCAACUGAACUGCAGUAUAAGUACCUAUCCUCCAUUCCAACCCUCGGAAACUGUGUUGAAGCCAGGCAAACAAACCUGAGUUCUCCGAAGCCUCGCGUGCACCUAAGCCGAGACAGUCGUGAAGUGGCUGAUGACGUAGGAAGCGACCUGAAGUCCCUCGAGUCCCCGUUGGUCACCGCCACGAGCGGCAAUCGCGGCAGAGAUGCUGUAUGUACUUGUACUGUACGUUUGUGGCGAUACCACUCCGUCCAUAUCUGGGGCGAAUCACACAAGUGGAUGAUUACCAGACUGCCUCGAGACUGCUUAUGAACAAGCCUGCAGCGAUGCCACUCGAGCUUCUGUCCUGUACAAUGCCCGAUGUGAACAUUCUAUC